UUAUCAUCAAGCUUCAAUCCGCUUCGCAAACUCUUUGUCCUUUGCUCAUCGUCAUCCAUUCACUCCAGAUCUUCUUGGUCACGCUUUCUACUAUGGUGCACGCCAAACUCUUGACCGGGCUCUUAGUUGUCGCCUGUCUCUUGUCAAUUCCCUGGCGGAUCUCAAACCAUCGCACUGUCACCACUGGAAUCCCCCCGUCCGCCAACCCGGAUACCAUCCGCCAGCUGCUCCACGAUCACCCAUUCUUCAUCCAGUUAAAUCCGUUGAUCACUGGCUUGAGUAUCGUGCCCACCGCCCCCGAGCGGUACGAGGACGAAUGGCUCCUCCCGACUGCAGAGGAGAAGGAGGAGGAGGGGGGAACUUCCCCGAUCCACACCUACCUCCUCAGCCAGGCGAUCCCGAUGCUGCCAGGCGCCAGCGGCGGAUGGGGACAAAAGCAUAUCCAAUUCGAGACCUGGCUACGAAACACCCCGACCGGAGGAGUCAAGACCCGCGCUGACGCCCCCUUUGGCGUCUCCGUGGCAAGCCACUGGGCAGUCGAGCCCACUGCGUCGUUCUCUGGUCGACAAGAUUCACCAGAUUGGCGCAUUACGGUGCAAAGAAGAAUCACAUGUGUGUGGUGGAUGACGCCUUUUGUGGCCUACACAUACGACAAGGUCCAUGCCAGCAUCAUGCGUGAUUUAAUUCAGCUUGCUAGCUAACCAGCCGGUCACCAACGUGACGACGAGUAAUGAAUUCCAAUCUCCCUCGCGACCGUCACUUUGGACGGUGUGUUUGACGGGGAAAUCCCCGCGGCAGAAUGGCUGACCGCCUUCUGCGGGUGUACAUACAGUAG